GGCUAGCACCGCAUGUGGCCGCUUAUACUUUAUAUAAAGCCCGCUACGGUGCGGCAUAAAGCUGUAAAAUCCUUUGGAAGUUGUACUUCAUCGUCUCCCUCAUUGUCGCAAAUCCUCUUCUAGAGCAAUCACCAUUAACAACGUACAGUUUCUUGUUGGAUGCCAUGGGGCGUUUCAGAAGUAAUCUGCCAAUAUGCCCUGCGAAUCAAAAUUGCUCGCAAUGGGCUCGAAAUUACAUGAGCUAUUGUCUUUGCACUAGAAAGGAUUGGAUUUCACUGUUGUUGGGGGUAAUUAGUGUUUUAAGUUGGGGUGUGGCCGAGGUACCUCAGAUCAUUUCGAAUUACAAAGAGAAGUCUUCGGAAGGGCUUGCUAUGGGCUUUCUUUUCACAUGGAUACUCGGCGAUCUUUUCAACGUGUUUGGUUGCUUGUUAGAACCAGCUACGCUUCCAACACAAUAUUAUAUGGCCGUGCUGUACCUGUUGACUACCUUAGCUCUUGCCGUCCAAGCAAUUUACUAUGGUUACUUCUCUCAUGGUACAUCUAAAAAACAAAUUUGUAAGACUGAGUCAGCAGACAAGAAACAGCUGGCAAAUGGUGUUAGCGUAGAAGAAUCAACGGUUCCUAUGCUAUCGAAAAUCACUCCUAGUUUGCCAAUUCCAUCAGUUGAUGAUAAUAGUUCUUCUGAAACAUUAUACUACAGUUCUGCUCGAUCUCUAUCUAGAAGUCACAAUCGUACAGGGAGUUUCCUCCAUUCACAAAGAACAAAUACCAAUAAAUGUGAUCAGGAUAUUAUUCAAGAACCAUUGCUUGGUGGACACGCGUCGAGACAAUCAUCUCCUGCUUCCGAGACUAAGAAUAUGUUAUGUGUGGUUUUUACUUUGACAAUUUUUCUCUGCGCACGUAAUCUCAAACUUGAAAGAAACAGUUACCUCAAUGCAGAUUCAGUAAAAAUAAAUAACGGAAUUGUCUUGCAAGUGGGAAGAAAGCUUUUACAGGCAAGUGGAAGUUUAGUGGAAGGUAGUGAGGGAAUAGAUAGUAUUGGGAUCGGAACCUUCCUUGGUUGGGGAAUGGCAGCCAUUUACAUGGGUGGACGUCUUCCACAAAUUUUGUUAAACUUCAGAAGGGGACAUGUUCAGGGUUUGAAUCCGCUAAUGUUCGUCUUUGCUCUUGUUGGAAAUGCUACUUAUGUUGCAAGCAUACUUGUGAGUAGCAUGGAGUGGUCAAAAAUACAACCAAACCUUCCAUGGGUAGUGGAAGCAAGUGGGUGCAUAAUGCUUGAUACUUUUAUUCUAACUCAAUUUAUCUAUUUUCGACACCGGAAACACAAAUGUGUCGACUCUAAGCACACAGACUUGGAUCCAUGAUCGAUAAACAGCGAAGCCACUCAAAGCACGGGGACUUGGAAACAAUAUUUCUGCAUGUGAAUCUCUUUGGUGGGUACUUAGAUGUGCCCUCAGGGUAACAACAUAGCAAGUAGGAUCAAGUAGAAUUAUGACUUUUAUGGGAUUUAACAACAAAGUUGAAUCCUUUCAAUAAUCUUGUAUAUCUCUUAGGUUUGAUGUUGGACCUACCCAUUGCCAUGUCUUGAUCAUAUGAACCAAAUGCAUGACAUUUUAAUUCUUUGGGAUUUUAGUUUCCAUUCCUUUGACAAA